AUGACAUACACAAUUGUCCUGGCGCUGUCCGUAUCGUAUUUCCUGGCAUUCUUGGACCAGACCAUCCUAUCGACACUGACUCCGCGUGUGGCCAAUGACCAGGAUGAUCUGUUCCAGACCACAUGGGUGACGGCGUCGUACCUGGCAUCGUUGAGCGCCUUCAUGCUGCUGUAUGGCAAGGUGGCGGAGAUAUUUGGGCCGCUGCCGGUGCUUAUUGUCGCACUGUUGAUAUUCCUAUGUGGCUCGGCGCUGACGGCGGCGGCAACGACAAUGACGUGGCUGAUUCUGGCGCGCGCCUUCGCCGGCAUGGGCGCUGGCGGGCUUACUUCGAUCACGCAGAUAAUGGCAGCCGAGAUUGGGCCGUGGCGCGAGCGCGGGCAGUACAUGGGCAUUUUGGGCGCUGUGUUCGGGCUCAGCACAACAAUCGGGCCGCUGGCGGGUGGCCUGGUUGCUGACAAGUGGACGUGGCGGUACUCAUUCUACGUCAACGUGCCGCUUGUAUGCUUGACUCUGAUUGUGCUGCUGCUGCUGGUGCGUGUCAAGGCAUAUCCGCUGCCCUUCAGAGAGAAAAUCGCCAGAGUCGAUUUCUUUGGUGCUCUGAUGCUGGUCACCGGCCUGAUGCUGCUGCUGCUAGGCCUGAACUGGGGCGGCAGAGUGUACCUGUGGGUGUCGCCCGUGGUCAUCAUCUGCAUAAGCGUUGGGCUGUUGCUGCUGGGCGUGUUCAUCUUUGUUGAGCUGAAGCUGGCGAUUGAGCCGAUAAUUGACCCGCGCCUUUUCCGUGUGCGCAACGUGGCCCUAAUCAUUCCCAUUGAGGUGUGCGUGGGUGCCGUAUUCUUCAAUGCGAUAUUCAACCUGCCGGCGUAUUAUUCGUUCACGCAGAAUAGCACCGCCUCGCAGUCGGGCGUGCACAUGGUGCCUAUAGCCUGUGGCGUGGUGGUGUGCUCGAUUGUGUCGGGAUGGCUGAUUGCCAGGUACAACAUGUACCGGCUAAUAGCCUGGGUGGGGACAGUCUCAUUGACGCUAGGUGCUGGUCUCUUGUGUCUGUUCGACGCCCACCUGAGCACUGCCGCACAGGUGCCAAUCAUGGCCCUGCUGGGGUCGGGCAUUGGCUGCUGCAUCCAGACGUUCCUGCUCACGGUGCAGGCCUCGGUGAAGCCAACCGACCUUGCCAUCACGACAGCAUUCGCGACGUUCUCGCAGAUGAGCGGCGGCAUCCUUGGGCUGGCCUUUGGCGGCGUGCUGUCGGAGAGCACGACAAAGCACCAUUUGCUAAGGCUUAUGAAUGAGUAUCCUGCUUAUACACAUCUCAUCCGUGAGGCCAAGAACGACGUCAAUGAUCUGUGGAGCAUGGACCUGCCGCAGCAUAUCCGCAACGGAAUCAUAGCCGCCUAUAUAAAGGGCUUGAAGCACAAUUUAAUUCUGUUCACGUGCCUCGGCGCAAUCACCGUUGUGCUAUCGGCAUUCAUCGACCGAGUGCCGCCGCCCAAAUCGUCGCCUGGCAGUCUUGGGCACGCGCAGCCGGCAGAAGAAGUGGGCAUUGAUGAGGUGACAGUUGCUGGAUUGCAUCGGAGACACCAUGGGUAUGAUGAGAUCCAGGAGCUGCAGGCAAUCGAGGCGCGGUCGCGCAACGCUGCGGAGCUGAGCCGGCGAGAAUACGAGGAGGUGCUGCGGCUCGAGUGGUAG